GUCACAAGCUGUCUCGAAAAUUUUGUACAACGAUCUAACUUGUUACCUUCGUGAAUCUUUACACGCACGUUACGAAUAAUGGAGACGCUAUUGCCCGGCAAUACGAAUAGUCAAUCGUAUAGUCCACAACUGAAGACUGUCUUGAAGACAUAUCAGCUAUCCGCUGUGAAAAGCUUACAGGGUCCGAGUUCGGCCCUGCUUGGUAUGGACUGUAAAAGUCUACUGCAAGAACAGGCACCUUGUUACUCUCCUUCGAGUCGAUCGAAUAAUUGUGUCAUUGAUUCAGCAUCGGAGCAGGCCUCUGCGAAGGAUAUUGAAAAGGAUAACAAUCCAUCGAUAACACCUAUUGUUCCGUGUAAAUUUCGCAGAACGGAUCAACCGCUUGAAGAUUCAGAUGAAGACCCGCAAUUAGAACGGUCGAAAAACGUUUGUGAAAAGAGAGAAUUAGAAUUUCAGAUACCUAUCUUAACCGCACCUGACCAAAGUUGCUCUGAAAGAUGCGAGACGAUUUUAGAGGGCGAAAGAAUAUCGUGUUUUGUUGUAGGAGGCGAAAGGAGGUUAUGUUUACCACAAAUUUUAAAUACAGUCUUACAAGAAUUUUCUCUUCAACAGAUUAAUCAAGUAUGUGAUGAGUUACAAAUUUAUUGUUCGCGGUGUACACGAGAUCAGUUAGAGGAACUUAAGCAUUCAGGAAUUUUGCCGCGUAAUGCUCCUUCCUGUGGCCUUAUCACUCAAACAGAUGCCGAAAGGCUUGUCAGUGCUUUACUUUUACGGACAGAAUCGUGUGAUCCCUCUCAAAUCAGUCAAAACCAAGAUAGUAUUGAAAAAAAAGUGUGUACUAAAAAUGAUGAUGAUGAAUCCAUUGUCAAAUUUAAGGUGUAUCAUGAGUGUUUUGGAAAAUGUAAAGGCACUUUUGAUGCAAAUUUGUUCGAAUCUGAUGAUUCGGUGUGCAUAGAGUGUAUUGAAUGCGGCUGCCAAUUCUCACCUCAACGUUUUGUUAGACAUGCACAUAGAUCUCUUGAAAAUCGUACCUGUCAUUGGGGCUUUGAUUCUACAAAUUGGCGAUCGUAUCUGUUACUUUCACGGGAUCAAGAACAUUAUAAUAAAUCACUUACUUUAUUUCGAGACUUGAAGGAAAAACACCUUACAUUGGGUUCCAAGCGAAAAUCAGAGUUGCGGCAUGAUUCAGAAAAAUUAAAGAGAAUUAGAAAGGAUGUAGGAAGAGAUGAUUGCCCAGGAAUUUAUAAUGGAAAUGGUUUAGGCAUGUAUCAUCCUGUAUCUCAGGUAGCUAAUGCAACUGAUCCAUAUCUGCAAAUGCAAUGGGCAGUCUUUGAAUUAGCAGCUAGAGGAGCAUCAGCUUUUAGACCUUGGAAUACCACGAGUGUUUGCAAGCAUAAAGAUAAUUCAUCAUUGGUGCCUGCAUAUCUCAGUCGAGGUCCACCUGUGUUGCAACAUCCAGAGUGUGUAGUACCCCUUUCUGAAUGCAAACGCUUUGAACCACAUUUUCAACCAAAUGUAGCCUUAGCACCAAUACCUGCACCAUCAGUGCCUGUAGUACUUCCACCAUCUGCUCACCAUCAACGACGACAUCACCAUGAACAUAAACGUUAUAACCACCAUACAUCAAGCCCUAAUGAGAAAAAGGAAGCUUCAUCAGAUAGUAUAAAAUCUGAGAAAACAUCUCCUAGUUCUGGAUCUAGUGCUAGCACUUAUUCUACAUUUCCUUCUUAUGCACCAGGAAGUAAUCAGAAAGAAUUACCCCAAAAAAGUAAACAGGAAGUGGGCGAAGAGGAAGAAAGUAGUGCUGCAGUAACAUCUUCUACAAUAAAUAUAGAGCCACCUUCAGCAGAAAUUGGAACUUCUUCGUUAGAAAGUGAUUCUGAUUCUGAAGGAGCAGCAGCAAUAGAUUUAGAAGAAAGGUUAUUAGCCUUGGAAGUACCACAAGAUGUUCUGGAACUAGCGCGACGCAUAGUUUCGGAAAAUGCACAAUUAAGACGCCAUCGACGUUCGGAUGCACGUGAAAUAUCUCGAUUACGUAAUCAGUUGCAAAUACAGCAAAUACAAUCAUCUAAUGCUGGUGAUAAAAAGGAGGAACCAGCAAAUGCAAAUGCAGCAGACAGUACAGAAGGUAGUGAAGAAACAGAAGCUAUAUUACCAUCAAAUAAUAAAGAGUCUGAACCUGUUGUUCUAGCUGUUAGUAAAGAAUAA